AUGCAUCUUUUGACAUUGCUGUUUGGAUCGAUCCCUGUCUUCAUGGUUGGUCACUCACAAGUCUGUGGCCAUGUUAAUUCAGCGACAUGCAACAGUAAUGAACAGAUGAAGUGUACGAUGUCAUGUGAUUGUGAAGCUAAAUAUUUGACCGAUUGUUGCGUUGAUCCCUCAUUCACUGGUGUAAUAAACAUCAAAACACGUGAAGGGAAAAUAUUCAACGCAUAUUGUGACCAGGGUUGGACUUACGCAUUCAAACGAUUUGACGGCUCAGAGGAUUUCUAUCGCACUUGGGUUGAGUAUCAACAUGGCUUUGGUAAAACAGAAGGUGAACAUUUCAUUGGAUUGGAUAACCUUGCCAGUUUUGUAAAGGGCCGUAAGUGCAAAGUGCGAAUUGAUUUGGAAGCAUGGCCCUCUGUAUCACCGGCUAAACGAUUUGCUGAAUAUUCAGAUUUCUCCAUCACUGACAAGACCGACAAGUACCGUCUUACCAUUGAAGGAUACAGUGGGACAGCUGGUGAUUCAAUGACGUACCAUAAUGGACAACAGUUUACGACAUACGAUCAGGAUAAUGAUAUGUCCAGUGGAAAUUGUGCAAGCACCUUUAAAGGAGCGUGGUGGUACAAGAGUUGCCACAAUUCUAACCUAUUUGGUUUGUACGUGAAAGGACCGGUUUGCCCAAGUUAUGCCCAAUGUGUCGCAUGGGGUCAUUGGCCAACAAAAAUUGCAUCCCCUAAUAAUCAGCACUACUCAUUUAAGAAGGCGUCAUUGAAGAUACAUUGCUGUUAAAUUCUACUCAAAUAUUCUGUUCAUUAUUUUGUGAAAUAAAUUACUGAAUAACAAUUAUAACCACCUUACAGGGCCUGUUCUAGGGGUUUUAGUACUAGUUGAGAAGGCAUUUAAAUUGCUAUAUUGACGUGAGCAAUAUUGUGUCGGGGUUAAUGACUUUAGUCGGGCAAUAAUGACAUUAACCGCCCGGCUAUGUUUCCCGGAAAAAGUGAUAUCGUUCAGUGCGUAAGAUUUUCUAUUUCACAUUUGCUAUUUCAGCCCUGGGCAUUAACGGUGGUAAUAAUAGUAAUAACGUCAUUUCUGCAGGCAAAAUAGUGAAAUAUUGGACCUUGGGC